AUUUCUUCCUUCCACUCUCACUCUCUACAAAGUACCUCUCACAGAUUACUCUCUCUGGAAUUCGGAAAAGUUUUUCUCUCUACAAAGUUCCCGAUACAGUCUAACUCAAACAACACCAUAAACAAGGUGAGAUGGGAGACAAGCGUAAAAGAGGUCGAAACCCUAAAAUACGAGUCGCCGAAACCCUAGAUUUCCAAACAACCAACACCACCACGGACGACGUCAUCGACGCCCCCUCUUCCGACCACCCUAUCAGCCGCCGUGGCCGUGGCCGUCCCCCGAAAACCUCCAAACAAGCCGACGAAACCGUAGUGACUUCUCCGGCGAGACGAAUCGAGAGCAACGGAGACGCUGUAGCGGGGCAUGAUUUGGUUGCGGCGGCGGCGGAUAGUGUGGUGGUGGCGGCAAUGGACGCGGUGGUGAAGGUGUUUUGCGUGCACAACGAGCCGAAUUUCUCACAGCCGUGGCAGAGGAAGAGGCAGAACAGUUCGAGCAGUAGUGGGUUUGUCAUUGGUGGGAGGAGGGUGUUGACGAAUGCGCAUUCGGUGGAGCACUAUACGCAGGUGAAGCUGAAAAAGCGUGGGUCUGAUACCAAGUACUUAGCUAGAGUGCUUGCUUUUGGGACAGAAUGUGAUAUUGCUUUGCUUACAGUAGACGAUGAUGAGUUUUGGGAAGGUGUAUCACCUGUGGAAUUUGGGGAUUUGCCUGCACUUCAAGAUGCAGUGACUGUUGUGGGAUACCCAAUUGGGGGAGACACGAUCUCUGUAACAAGUGGGGUUGUUUCACGUAUAGAGAUUCUGUCAUAUGUUCAUGGGUCUACUGAGCUUCUAGGGUUGCAGAUAGAUGCUGCUAUAAAUUCGGGAAAUUCUGGAGGACCUGCCUAUAGUGAUAAGGGCAGUUGUGUUGGUAUCGCAUUUCAGUCCCUUAAACAUGAAGAUGCAGAGAAUAUAGGUUAUGUCAUACCAACGCCAGUCAUCACGCACUUCAUUCAAGAUUAUGAAAAAAAUGGCGCUUACACUGGAUUCCCAAUACUUGGGGUUGAGUGGCAGAAGAUGGAAAAUGUAGAUUUGCGUUUGUCAAUGGGGAUGCAACCUGAUCAGAAGGGUGUUCGUAUAAAAAGAAUUGAUCCCACUUCUCCAGAAUCUAAGUUUUUGAUGCCAUCAGAUAUUAUCCUCAGCUUUGAUGGGGUUGAUAUUGCUAAUGAUGGAACGGUUCCUUUUAGGCAUGGAGAGCGCAUUGGUUUUAGUUACCUUGUAACCAAAAAAUAUUCUGGAGAUAGUGCAGCAAUUAAAGUUCUUCGUGAUUCUAAAACUUUCAAACUUGAUAUUAAACUUGCAACUCACAGAAGGCUCAUUCCGGCACACAACAAAGGCAGACCUCCCUCAUAUUACAUUAUUGCAGGAUUUGUUUUUACAACUGUAUCCGUUCCAUAUCUCCGUUCUGAGUAUGGUAAAGAUUAUGGAUAUGAAGCUCCAGUAAAGCUAUUGGACAAGCUUUUGCAUGAAUUGCCACAAUCAGAAGAUGAGCAGCUAGUUGUGGUUUCUCAGGUGCUUGCAGCUGACAUCAAUAUUGGAUAUGAGGAUAUUGUCAACACUCAGGUUCACGCAUUUAAUGGAAAGCCUGUGAAAAAUCUUAAAAGUUUGGCCACUAUGGUUGAGAGCUGUGAUGAGAAGUUUUUGAAAUUUGAUUUGGCGUACCAGCAGAUAGUAGCCCUUCAGACAAAGAAUGCCAAAGCAGCCACACUAGACAUCCUCACAACAUAUUGCAUACCUUCCGCUAUUUCUGAUGAUCUCAAGAAGUGAGAUCAAGUUCUUCACGGGUAUGCUAGAUCUUGAAUCAACAAGCAUUGAACAAAUAGAUGCCGAAAUAAUAAGGAACAACACUUAAAGGUUCGGAAAACAAGCUUUAUUAUUACUAAUACACCUGUGUUACAGAAGCCGAUUAUCCACGGCCGUCAUCCUAUUCUCCAGCAUUCCCAGAUAACUGAUCAUGCGACUAAGGUCGUCCAGGAAUUGCCGCCUCAGGUCCUUGAUCCUCCCAGCGAGUUCCAUCCUGGCAGUAGCCAUGAUUUUGAUUUUGAUUUAUUUAUUUUUUAUUUCCCCAUUCCCUUGGAGCUCAUGUUGGGUAUGCUAGCCUUCUAUAUCAUUGCAAGUAAGGGUGACAACCAACUUAUUGGUAAUUUAGCUUUGAUACGGAUUCAUUGUGUGACGGUGUAACGUAUCGGACGGGACUACUGCAGUUGUCUACUUGUCUUUAUUAUUACUAUUAUUAUUUUUCUUCUCGCAAGAGUGUACCGUUAAGGAUGUCUUACCGUUAAGGAUGUCUUGAUCUCUCUCACAGGCUCAUUAGUUUUUUUUUUUUAAGGGAUAAUUAUUAUUAUUGCCAUUGUACUUCUAUUGUUUUUAAUGUAAAAUAUAUGUUUUUUAUGGGCA